AUGUCUACGACCGAUCGGGAUAAAGAAAGCAACAGCAUAGAGCCACCCGCCUUGCCGUCGAAGAUUUCAUAUUGGCGGAUGCUGAUCGACCAAGGCGUUGUGACUUCCGAUAUCUUCAAUCAUCCCUACUCGGGAUCGGGAUUGGAGGAUGAUCCGUAUAUUGUAGGAUGGAUCCCCGACGAUCCGCGCAAUCCUAUGAGGCUCAAUAGAUCGCUCAAAUGGGCUUUCACAGUUAUGUGUGCCUUGUCGACCUUUGGCGUCUCCCUCGCUUCUUCCGCGUAUGCAGGAGGUAUCGACGAGGUGAUCUCCUCGUUCAAUGUGAGCCAAGAAGUCGCCACUCUUGGUGUCUCGGUCUUCGUCCUUGGCUUCGCAAUUGGGCCUCUUUUCUGGGGUCCUCUUAGCGAGCUGUAUGGCCGGCAGGUUGUGUUUCUGGUGUCGUAUCUCGGGCUUGCGGUCUUCACGGCUGGUGCCACGGGCUCUAAGAAUAUCUGGACUUUGAUUAUUCUGCGUUUCUUUGCGGGUUCUUUUGGCUCAUCUCCAUUUACGAAUGCAGGCGGGAUUAUUGCCGAUGUCUUUAGUGCUGAAGACCGCGGUCUUGCGAUAAGCUUAUACACCGGAGCUCCCUUUAUCGGUCCAACUCUUGGUCCGGUGAUUGGCGGAUUCCUUGGAGAAAAUGCUGGUUGGGUUUGGGUCCAAGGUUUUCUUGCGACCCUCGCCGGUGUCAUUUGGGCCGUGGAAGGGCUGGUAAUCCCAGAGACAUACGGCCCAUUACUCCUUCGCAAACGAGCUGCUCGGCUAUCUAAGCUGACUGGAAAGGUCUAUAUCAGCAAAAUAGACAACGAGAGACCGAAGGUCACCAACAGCGAAGCCUUUAGCACUGCCUUGGGACGGCCCUGGGUAUUGUUAUUUGCCGAGCCAAUCGUCCUUCUCUUAUCGAUCUACAUGGCCAUCGUUUACGGCACACUAUACCUUAUGUUUAGUGCUUUCCCAAUUGUCUAUCAGGAACAACGCGGUUGGAGCCAGGGAGUGGCUAGCUUGCCAUUUCUCAGUGUUCUUACUGGAAUGUUACUUGCCCUUGUGUACAAUAUGUGGGACAACCAGCGAUACAAACGCAUUCAUGUCAAGUGUCAUGGCUUCGCCCCGCCUGAAGAGCGACUUCCUCCAUCUAUGAUCGGUGGUAUUGCGGUGCCUAUUGGACUAUUCUGGUUUGCAUGGACCAAUCAAGCAAGUUUGCAUUGGAUUGUCAGUGUUGUUGCGGCAGCCCCCUUUGGUUUUGGCAUGGUUCUCGUUUUCCUAAGUAUCAUGAGCUACCUGAUCGAUUCAUACACUAUCUUCGCGGCAUCGGCUCUCGCAGCUAAUUCCAUCAUUCGGUCAUGCUUUGGUGCCGUGUUCCCUCUGUUCACGACAUAUAUGUAUCAUAAUCUCGGUAUUCACUGGGCAUCUUGUGUACCUGCCUUUUUGUCGCUUGCUUGCGUGCCAUUUCCAUUCUUGUUCUAUCGAUACGGCCCCGCCAUUCGACGACGAUGCAAAUUCGCCGCAGAAGCAGACGACUUCAUGAGGAUGCUGCAGAAGGAAGCUUUCACUGCAACUCCGGCAGAGAAGGCCACUCCGAAUUCUAACGUGGGAGCUGAGACUGAAGAAGGAUAUGUACAAGAUCGACCACAUCGUGUCAGUGAUGCUUCUCUCAAUGAGUCUGGAAGGCUUUCUUCGGAAUCACUAGCGUUAGAGCCUGUUGUGACCUAUGAAGGCAAUCCAUACGACAUUGACCGAGUGAACACUCAGUCGUCGGCUAUUACUAACAAAUCAAAGUCGCGGUCGAUCAAAACAUGGCAGAAGAAGUAG